CUAGCAAAGCAGAGUUGUUUAGGAGUCUUAAGGUGUUUGAAGUGAUGUAGUACUAAUAGUUGUUAAGACGUCAUGAGUGAGCCAGCCUGACCUGGGUAAACAAAGAAAAGAGUGAGAACUUGAGUGGACUUGAGCUCAAGGCAAAAGUUCAACAUACACGAGGAAUAAUAACAGAUUGGUUGUGCGUUGAAUCUGUUCGACGAAAUGCCUGUGAGAGAUUUUGUCUCGUGGAAAUUGAUGAUCAGUGGAUGUGUAAUGUGUGGUGAUAUGGAUACUGCAGUGAAGAUGUUCGAUGAAAUGCCUGACAGAAGCGUUGUUUCAUGGACAGUGAUGGUGAAUGGUUUUUUUUUUUUUGGUCAGGUCAGGUUGAUCAAACGGAGAGAUUGUUUUAUCAAAUGCCUGUGAGCGAUACUGCAGCGUCGAACGCGAUGGUUCAUCGUUCAUGGGUAUUUACACAUUUGUUAAGUAGACGAUGCCUUGAAAAUGUUUAGACAGAUGCCUAAAGAAUUGCUUUUUGGACGACAUUGAUCUAUGGGUUAGACCAGAACGAGAGAAACUGGAGAAGCUCUUAUCUUUUUUCAAGAACAUGUUGUUGGGUUGUUGCAUAAAAUCUACUUCAAGAACAUUCACUUGUGUGAUCAGUUGCGGGAAUGCUCCAGCAUUUCAUACGGGUAUACAAGUUCAUGGCUUCGUCAUCAAGUCAGGGUUUUUACAUGAGGAAUAUGCAUCUACUUCGGUGAUAACGGAGGAUUCGCGCAUAAGGUGUUUGAUGAGAAGGCUCAUGAGAAUAAUUCUCUGUGGAUUGCUCUAUUGAUAGGGUAUAUUGACUAUAUUCUGAAGAUGUUAAGAAACAGUAUCUUACCGAAUUAAUCAACAUUUGCUACCAGAAUAAACUCUUUCUUUACUUUGAGAAUAUUGGAUUGGGGUAAAAAUAUGCAUGGAAUUGCAAUGAAGCUUGGUUUCGAAUGCUUGUGAAAUCUAAUGAACUCGUUUGGUUGUCUAUACUUAGUUCUUUUAGACGGAGGCGAGAAAGCUGCUGCAGCCAUUUUAAUCUGGACUCGAAAUCAAGCUCUGCUUAUGUUUUGUUGUCGAAUAUAUAUGCAUGGAGUUGAAGCGACUGUGGAAACGUGAAUAAUUCUUUUGUUGUGCGCAGCAUGGGAGUAGAAAGUGGGCGUUUGUUAUAUUUCGUCACGCCUAAACAAAGAGCCAGAUGAGAUCACGUUUUGGUUUGCUCUUUACUUGUAGUCAUUGUGGGUUUUUACAGAAAAGAAGAAAGCUGUUUGAUUGCAUGUCAAGCGGACCAAAUCAUAUCGAUAGAAAGAUUCCACAUUACACUUGUAUGAUUGAUAUCUUGGGAAGAUACAGGGAAUUAAAAGAAGCUGUGGAGCUUAACAUGGUUGUAAAACCUAAUGAACUGGUUUGGUUGGCUUUACGUAGUGCUUGUAGGUUGCAUUAUGAUUAGACACUAGACAGAGGCGUGAAAGUUGCUGCAGCCAUAUUUAACAUGGACUAGGAAUCAAGCGUUUCUUAUGUAUUCUUGUCGAAGAUUAUAUACUUCUGCUGGUCGAUGGUUGAUUCUAUCGAAAUUGAAAGUUAAAAUUAGGCAAGAGGGGAUAAUGAAGAAAUCCAGGAGCAGUUGGGUUUUGCCUAGAGGGAAAAAGUAUGAGUUUUUCUCUGGUGAUUGAACACACUUUUUAUGAAUGAGAUUAUUGGUUGAACAGUGACUUGGGAAAAUUUUACUUGUGAUGUGAGAAGCUCGGGUCAAAAAAUCUGAUCUUAAAUCAGAUAUUAAUGUAAGAAAAGAGCCAUAAAUAUGGUUCUGACUUGUGUGGUGGUGAUUAAGUCAAGUUCCAGUUCAAAAGAGGAAACUUCCGUCAAGUUGCCUCAGCAAUAUCCAAGAAACAAUGAUGCAAUUGCUAGGUCAUAUGAUGUUUUCCCGAGCUUCAGCGGAGAAGAUGUCCGCAAGACCUUCCUCAGCCACUUUCUAAAGGAACUUGAUAGGAGACUGAUCCUUGCUUUCAAAGACAACGAGAUCGAGAGAAGCCGGUCACUUGAUCCUGAGCUUAAUCAUGCGUUUAAAGGUUCCAAAAUCGCGGUGGUCGUGUUCUCCAGAAACUACGCUUCUUCAAGCUGGUGUCUUAAUGAGUUGCUGGAGAUCGUGAGAUGCAAGGAAGAGUUUGGUCAAAUGGUGGUUCCUAUUUUCUACCAUUUGGAUCCUUCCCAUGUGAGGAAUCAGACCGGAGACUUUGGGAAGAUGUUUGAACAGACAUGCCAACAUAAAACAGAGGACCAGAAAAUUAGAUGGAGAAGAGCUUUGACCGAUGUAGCUAAUAUCCUUGGAUAUCAUAGUGUGGCAUGGGACAAUGAAGCAAGCAUGGUCGAAGAAUUCGCUAAUGAUGUUUUGGGUAAAUUGACUUUAUCUCCAUCAAAUGUUUUUGAAGACUUUGUCCGAAUUGAAGAUCAUAUCAAAGAGAUAAGUUCAUUGCUGCACUUGGAAUCCGAGGAAGUGAGGAUGGUGGGGAUUUGGGGUCCCUCCGGAAUUGGCAAGACUACCAUUGCAAGAGCUCUAUUUAGUCGUCUCUCUUGUCAGUUCCGAAGUAGUGUUUUCAUAGAAAAAGUUUUCAUAUCUAAGAGUAUGGAUGUUUACAGUAGAGCUAGUCUAGUUGACUAUAACAUGAAGUUGCACUUGCAAAGAACUUUUCUAGCUGAAAUUUUAGACAAAAAAGACAUAAAGAUAGAUCAUAUAGGUGCAAUCGAAAAGAUUCUAAAGAACCAUAAAGUUCUUAUCUUUGUUGAUGAUUUGGAUGACCAAGAUGUCCUAGAUGCCUUAGUGGGUCAAAUAUUUAAAACAACCAUAUGGACAAUCAAGGAUUUGCUUGCUGAUUUUUCCAUGUUUGUGAUGCAAAUGAAAAAAAACUUUGAAAUGGAGAAACAUGAUGAAUCAAAUGCAGUAAGCUUUAGCUAUGAAAUUUUAGUUACAUCUUCCUUAUUUUUAUCAGCACUAUUUAUAUAAUAUAAAUCACGGAAA